AUGAAGUCUGCUAUCCUGUUACUAUUGCUCUCCCUUCUCUCCCUUACCUCUGCCUACUACAACUGUGGAACCAACGCAUGUGACCGUUACUGGACCUGUCUGAAGGGUAUCCCACCCUAUCCAUCUUGCUCAAAUGGAUGUGGUGAGCGUGUAUCUUUGACCCAGGAUGUCUCCAACCGUUGGAAGCAGGAUGGUAUUGACUUUGUCCAGGUCACUGUGGUAGUUACCAACAUUGGACCAGUUGCAAUUAAGGAUGUUCUGAUUGAUGGAGCUGAACUUCCAUUCAUUGGCACCGAUCUUUGGAAUGUUAACCGUCUUCCAAAUGGUGACAUCAUGUUCCCAUCGUAUCAAGUCAGUUUGGCUGCUGGCUACUCCUUCACCUUUGGUUACAUUGCACGCUCAGACUCCCCAGCCCAUCUCUGGAUCAAGAACAUCUACGUUCUUUAA